CGUAGUGUUGACCACUCACCCCCAUCUAGUGUCGAGGUCUAGAAUGAGUAGGAGCUAUACCUCCACUCCCCCCAAGCGUCUACAUGGCGUGUAGUGGGACAGCUUUACUUUACAUAUGAAAGGAUUUAUGGUAUCGCACUACUAUUAUACUAUCUGUUGCCAUGGAACAGCAUUAGAAACACCUACUGUAGUACUUUCCAUCCUUAGUAAAGAUUAUAAGAAAUUUGUUUACUUUGCAGUAAAAAAAAAAAAGUGUUGCUUCGCCAAGGGAGUAUGGGGUUCACUGUCACUUGACUUGUCUUUAAAUCAUGCCUAAGUGGCAAGUUUUCCUUAACUGAAGUUCCUGUGAGCACUUUUUGUACCGCAUGCUUUAAUUCUCAAUACAUUAGUUGUGGUGAAAGGGAGAGUCUUCUGUACACGACACCAGUAGUCAAGAUCAUGCAGAGUAAUCUUAAUUUUAAAAUUGUACACCUUCAUUAGAGGUACAGAGGAGUCAAAUUUCAUGUUAACUAUGAAACGCAAUGCAACACUUCAUGUUACAGAAAGUAUUAACCUCUGGUGAAUUAUUAAUAAACAUUGCCUUUCUUCAAAAUCAAUUAAAGUUGUGCAGAAAGUGAGUUAUAAAAUUUCAAGGAAAGAAGAAGAGGUUCUGAGAAAACAAUUCUGACCUCGUAUGUAUCGUGGGACCAUGGUGAGACCACGUGUAGAUGAAAUGUUUUACAGUGUUGCAUCAAAUGAAAAUCCAACGACAGAACAACAUCGAAGACUGGGUGUUAUGGAAACUCUCAAAGAGCGUGGCUGCUGCUUAAGGUUCGACAAACAAAUUCAGACUUUGGCUGUCAGUAAAUCUGAAUGAAGACUGCAACUGCCCUUGAGGCUUACGACAGCUUUACUGAGAGAAAACUGAAGCACAUAAUACAAACAAAAUACAGGGACCUCAGAAUCCUCUGAACGAGGAUGGAAAGUUCAACCUCAGGGCAGGAAACAUCUGGAGAACAAAUCUACCCCAACAGCAAAGGUACUCUCCGGAGGACAUAAUUCGUACCAACAAGAAGUUUAAAGAAGUUAACAGCAGGCACAAAGCGGAACAUCUCUCACGGAAGAACAUUUUCUGGAUUCCAAAUAAAAAGCAGAAGCAAAAUCACCACAUUUUAAACAAAACAAGUUGGUGGACAUGUCCUGUUAUGACAGAAAGAGUAUACACCUUACCACAUUCAAGCCGCAGGAUAAAACAGGAAGAUACAGAAAUUCCUGCACAAGUUGCCUCAUUCUUUCCUCUUAACCACUUAUCCUUGACAUCAGGUGCUAACGCCAUGUUAGACAGCAGACAUUAUUUUAUAAUCAUUAUUCUUAUAGAGAUAUAAAAUGUUAUAUUAUCACUGAAAUAGCCAUAAAAAUUCAGUUAUGAUGUGAUAUAAGAGAAGUUAUAUUUCUGACUUAACACUAAGACUUCAAAGUUACACUUUUUUUUUCUCCUCUGCUGGUUCUUGUGAGUGCUCAGUACCCAAGAAAAUCAGAGUACAAUGAUUUCAUUUUCCCUUCACUUCAGCUCUCUUCUCUUUCUAUUUGAACCCAUCUCCAUGCAUGCAUUCUACAUUUCUGCUUUUGUAGUUAAUCUCUGUCUGACUAUACAUUUUUAUUCCACUCCCUUUCGUUUAGAUGUAAUUUUAUCCAUUCUCUGUCUUUCACUUUUAUUCUAUCCUAAGUUAUACUAUCAUCAUUUUAUAUAUUCCUCACUCUUUAGUGUAUUGUCCCUUUUACUUCCAUAACUGUCGUUCACUUCUUCAUCUUUCUUCCACUUCUACUUCUUCCUUGAUUUUUCUUUGUUUAAAUUAUCCCUAUGUUUCAUUCACAAUCUGUCUCUUACCUUCUCUCAUUGUUUUAUCGCUUAUUUUACUUCUUGCUAGUCCCUUUGUUUUGCUUCAAUGUCUAACAUUUCUAUCUUAUUCUUACUUUUUUAAAAGUAUUCAUUAUAUUCUUUAUAUUUUUCUUUCUCUUUCAUACGUUCUCCUUGAAUUAGUUUUAGGCCUUUUCUCUCUUCUUCCUUCUUAAACCUUUAUCUCGUUUCAUUUCUGUGCAUGACAGCAUGCACUCCGACCUUCUACAUCUUAUUUUCAAGAAAUCUUUUCUCUGAGUAUGUAUUUCUCACGUCCUCCUUCUUAAACCUUUCUCUCGUUUCUUUUCUGUGCAUGACAGCAUGCACUCCGACCUUCUACAUCUUAUUUUCAAGAAAUCUUUUCUCUGAGUAUGUAUUUCUCACCUCUUCCUUCUUAAACCUUUCUCUCAUUUCAUUUCUGUGCAUGACAACUCUCACUCAGACUUUCUACAUCUUAUUUUCAAGAAAUCUUUUCUCUGAGUAUGUAUUUCUCACCUCUUCCUUCUUAAACCUUUCUCUCAUUUCAUUUCUGUGCAUGACAACUCUCACUCAGACUUUCUACAUCUUAUUUUCAAGAAAUCUUUUCUCUGAGUAUGUAUUUCUCACCUCUUCCUUCUUAAACCUUUCUCUCGUUUCAUUUCUGUGCAUGACAACUCUCACUCAUACUUUCUACAUCUUAUUUUCAAGAAAUCUUUUCUCUGUGUAUGCAUUUUUCACCUCUUGCUUCUUAAAUCUUUCUCUUGUUUCAUUUCUAUGCAUGACAACUCUCACUCAAACCUUCUACAUCUUAUUUUCAAGAAAUCUUUUCUCUGUGUAUGCAUUUUUCACCUCUUGCUUCUUAAAUCUUUCUCUUGUUUCAUUUCUAUGCAUGACAACUCUCACUCAAACCUUCUACAUCUUAUUUUCAAGAAAUCUUUUCUCUGUGUAUGCAUUUUUCACCUCUUGCUUCUUAAAUCUUUCUCUUGUUUCAUUUCUAUGCAUGACAACUCUCACUCAAACCUUCUACAUCUUAUUUUCAAGAAAUCUUUUCUCUGUGUAUGCAUUUUUCACCUCUUGCUUCUUAAAUCUUUCUCUUGUUUCAUUUCUAUGCAUGACAACUCUCACUCAAACCUUCUACAUCUUAUUUUCAAGAAAUCUUUUCUCUGUGUAUGCCUUUUUUUCUCUUCUUCCUUCAUAAUUAUAUGUGUCUCACUUCAUUUCUUUGUAGAUCAGCCUUCUGUUUCCAUAAUCUGAUAUAGGCUGUUUGUUGAAACUCCUUAUUUUUCCGUCUUCAUUUUAAUACUUUUAUUUAAAGUCUGUGCAUGGUAAUUCUAACUCUGCAUUUCCUUUCAGAAUCGUUUUCUCUGCAUGAUGUUUGUCUUGUUCUUCAAUCUUAGUUUCUAUAUAUAUGUUAAAUUUAUGUCAAGGGCAGCAACUUGUCUUCCCCUUUGAAACAUCUGUUCUCUGUUUACGACAUUUCACUUAUCCUUCCUUAUUAUUUGUUUUUUAUUUCAAUUCUCUGUUUGAAACAGCUUUCACUUUAUCAACCUUACACAUAUGCUACUUUUACAACAUGAAACAUCUCUGGGUGUCAUUUCUCUUGUUUUUCCUCCUUCAUAUGUGUGCUUGUUUCAUUUCAUUUCAUUUCUGUGUAUGAAAGUUCUCAAUCCAUCAACCUUUCACACUCUUUUUAUCUUUAACAUGAAUUCUCUUUGCUUAAAUUUCUCAGUUCUUCCCUAUUAUUUCAUAUGUAUGAUUUAUAUCAUUCUUUGCUUGAAGCUUUCUUUAUCCAAUCUGAAUAAAAAUAUUUAUUGUGCACAAGCCUACAUAUUCUAAAAUCUAUUUCCCUGUCUUCAUUCCAGAAUUUGCCUGUUGUACAGACACUGAAAUGCAGGUUGUGUGUCUGUCAUAAAAAUAAAUUCUCAUACUGUCUUACCUUUUAUGUAUGUAUCACAUACUGAUAUCUGUUUUAUAUGAUGCAUAUUCAUUCAUACACUCUUCCAGGUUUUUAUUCUUGCAUGUUUUAACGGGCACUGAUAUGCAUUACUAAUGUUUGUAUUCAUUCUCUUUCACUUUUAAUGUGGUCCAUGUUGAUAUCUCCCUUUAUCUCCACGUUGUCAGAAACAAUGUAGUUAUGCAUGUUUAAAUUUAUACUAAUUUUUCACUUUCAUUCUGACUAAUAAUCUAUUGCAAUUUUAUACACUUUUGUCUCCACAUUUCUGCCAAAAGAAUAAUAUCCCUUAUUUUGUUCUAAAAUUUACCUUACAUUAUUUUCAAGCCAUUUUGCAUGCUCUUACACUUUAUUCUCUUUCAUUGUUUCAGAACUUUGUGUUCUAUGUUUUCUGAGUAUUCCUUCCACACAUGAAAUUGAUUUUAUCUGCAAUAAUUUCUGUGACUAGCCUCCACCUGUGUCUGUCUUACUUCGUACUGUUACAAACACCCCUAACAUCUAGGCUCUAUGUAGCAUGUUUUUAAAGUUCCCCAUUUAUCUGUGGGAUUCCCAGUAUCCACCCUCCAUCUUUAUAUAUUCUCAAUUUUCUGUUGACAGCCAACCUUCACUCUCUGCUCACAAUUAGUUUCUUCAUACUCAACUCCUCUGUUAUUCUAGAUCCAACAACAUAUGUCUAUAUCAUCUUUAUUCAAUUCUCCAGAAUCUGUUUUCAUAUUAAAAUUGUUCUGCAUGCUUUCUGUUUCUUUACUCUCAUGAAUAAAUUAGUUCUUUACACACUUAAUUAUCUGCAAUUCUUGUUACCAGUACCUUUAACUGCUAAUGUUUAUUACUAAUAUUAAUGGCAGUGAGCACAACUUUCCUUCCCUACAAAAAUAAUAAUACGGACCUCCACUAACCAUAAACAAUUCCUUCAUUUUAUUAUGGAAAGAAAUCCAUUGCCAUGGAGGGAAAAACAACACAGCUAACCAUGUACAAUUUCUACUACCAAAAUCAGAAGACAAGUAAGAAGAUAGUGCGUAAAGAAAAGAAGAAUUAUUAUAUACUAUCCACAAUAAAUGAAAAUCCAAAAUAUGAUUGCAAUAAAUAAACUGGCAUAAUGCCAGAAUAUUAAACUUGCAAUAAACAUUAUCACCAGGAGAUGAAGCCCCUACAGAUUACAAGACUGUUACAAGGUACUAUAGCUGACAACUUACCCUAUGACACCAUCAAGAAUGUGGAAAAGCAAUUCCUCAGAGUCAACAUGCUGAAGAAACAGAAAGAAUCAAUUAGAAGAAAUACACAGGAUCCACUAAACUUGCUGCUAGAUUAAUCAACAAAGAAAUCAAGGAUUUGGAAAACUUUCUACAGACAUCACAAUAAGUGUAUCUACCAUCCAUGAUAAAGUUUUACAAUCAUCUACUUAGUGUUAAUGUAGGAUUAUAUAGGAGUUUAAGAAAUGUGACGAAAACGACUAUGCGGCUAUUAAAUUAGGUUAUGAAUGUAUAUAAUUUGUAUGGCAUUAAGUAUAUUAACUCUUAUUGUUUCUAACCUCAAAAUGUUGCUUUUAAAAUGAAAAUGUCGGUUACAAAUAAGAUAUUUACUACUGUAAACUAGGCAGGCAGCCACUAUAAAGAUUUUUACUUUGUGUAACUACAAAGUUCUAAUUUAAA